GGCCUCUGGGUAGGCUAAAAAGUAGAACAAAGUUUCCACCAACUGGUUUACGAAAUGCUUGGAACCAAACACUGGUCACUGGGGCUGUUGGCUGGAAUUCUUCACUUGUUUGUGUUGUAGCAGAGCUAUUAUGCGUGGCCCAAGCCGCGGGAACGUGUUCUGCUUCAUUUCACGGAUAAAAAGUUCAUUCACCCAAGGAAAAUGGCAAGAAGUUCUUUUACACUACCAAUCACUCCGGAGGGCAGGGGUUGAACUAACUGACAUUUCUGUGUUCCCUCCCAUUCUUAAAGCCUGCUCAAACCUGUCGCUCUCAUUCACUUAUGGUCUCUCCUUCCACGCUUUUCUGCUCAAGCAUGGUUUCUUCAAGGCAUUCACUUCAGUGGGGAAUUCCCUUAUUGACUUUUACGCUAAAUCUGGAAACUUGGGUGCUUCAAUACUUGUUUUCCACUCCAUGACCAACCCAGAUUCCGUGUCCUGGAAUGUGAUCAUCCACUCACACCUUCAUCAAGGCGUUUUUCCUCAGGAAGGGUUGAGAUUGUUUGAUCAGGCACGUGUUGCUGGAUUUCAACCCAAUGUCUCUACAUUGGUGCUUGUGAUUCAGGCUUGUAGAAAUCUUGCGUCUUUUCAUACUGGACAAAAGAUUCAUGGUUACUUAAUUCGCAGUGGGUUCUGGACUGCACUUUCCGUGCAGAACUCUCUGCUUAAUUUCUAUGCAGAAUUCGAAAUGGAACUCACAUGGGACCUGUUUGAUGAAAUGAGUGACAGAGAUGUUAUUUCUUGGAGUGUGAUCAUUGGUGGUCUUGUUGGGAGUAAAGAUGCUAUCCUUGGUCUGGAACUGUUCAAGGAGAUGAUAUCUGAUUGGGGGAUAAGAGUAGAUGACCAAAUAGUUGUGAGUGUGCUUAAGGGAUGCAGCCGUUUACAGGACAUUAAAAUGGGAACAAUGGUCCAUGGUCUUGUGACAUCCACAGGUUUGGGCCAAGAUUUGUUUGUUGGGAACUCUCUGGUUGACAUGUAUUCAAAAUGUAACCACAUGGAUUCUGCCGUUCAAGUGUUCAGUGAAAUCCCUAUCAAGAAUACAGUUUCCUGGAACUCACUGUUGUUUGGACUUGUCCGAAAUGGCAAUCAUGCUGAAGCUCUUCUUUUGUUUGGUUCCAUGGGCAAUUCAGGAGAAAAAGCUGAUGAGGUAACGUUAGUGAAUCUGCUUCAGUUAUGCAAACAUUUUGACGAACCUCAUCCAUGCAAAUUAAUACACUCAAGAAUAUUCCGGCUAGGUUAUGAAUGGAAUGAGCUGGUUAUGAAUUCUGUACUUGAUGCUUACACCAAGUGUGGCCUCAUCGCACUUGCUUGGAGACAGUUUAACAACAUGGAAAGAAGAGAUGUGGUGACCUGGAGCACCAUGAUUGCAGCCUUCACCAACCAAGGCAUGCCCAAUGAAGCAAUUGCUGUUUUUUCAGAGAUGUGCAGGAAAUCAGUAAAGCCCAAUGCUAUUACCAUGAUAAAUCUUCUUGAGGCUUGCUCACUUUUUGCUGAUCUGAGAAGAUCAAUGUGGGCUCAUGCUGUUGCUAUUAGAAGAUUCCUGGCCUCUGAAGUCACAGUUGGGACCACAAUAUUAGACAUGUACUCAAAAUGUGGAGCAAUAGAAGAUUCUAGAAAAGUAUUUGAACGGAUACAUUGCAGGAAUGUCGUAUCCUGGAGUGCUAUGAUCGCAGCAUUUGGAAUGAAUGGACUUCCAAAUGAUGCUCUGGACUGCCUUGAUGAGAUGAAAUUGAAUGGGCUGAAACCCAACACAGUAACCAUUCUUUCUGUGCUAUCAGCAUGCAGUCAUGGAGGGCUGAUUGAGAAGGGGAUCUCUCUCUUUAAAGAGGCAGCAAUUGAUCUUGAAGGUGAACUGGAGGUAGAACACUACUCAUGCCUUAUUGAUUUACUGGCUAGAUCCGGAAAGGUCGACAGUGCAAGAGAUUUAAUAGAGAGACUACCUCAUGGUGGAAAAAAUCAGUGUAAAACUGCAUGGGAUGCAAUCUUAAGUGGCUGUAGAAUUCACGAGAACAAUGAGAUCGGAUUUGGUAUGCUUCCUCAGGUCCUUAAAUUAGAAGCAUCAAACUCAUCUGCAUAUUUGCUCGCUUCAAGCAUGUAUGCUUCUAGUGAUUCGUGGACUGAUGCCACCAGAAUGAGAUGGUUAAUGAAUGAUAGAGAAGGCAUGAGUACUGGAGGUGCUUACAGUUUAGUACAUAUAAAUGGCAUGGCAUGCAAGUUUUAUGCUGGCAAUAACCGUACUUGUUUGUCAGACGACCUGUGCCUUGCUAUUGAGCGACUACACUCAUGUAUAAAAGUUGAUUGCAUGGGAUGCUGCUAUUUCAAGUAGAAAAUGAUGGAAACAGAAAUCCUACUUUGGUCUUAAACUUUUCGCUUCAUUUUCUCAUUGAGAUUCGACAGCUAGACAUACUUACGUGUAUAUAAACUCCGUAUUUUGCUGAGGUGGAUCAGAUGGGAGAUGUUGCUACUCUUAAGUUGCUUCUUAUUCGUGAGAUAUGUACAUUUUGGAUCUUCAGUGCACAAGAAAAUGAACCCCUGCUGCUCUGUGGUCCAUUUUCCUUUAAAAAAAACUAAUGGCAGAGAAAAAUGUAACAAACUAUCUCCUACUCGCAUUACAGGCCCACGCUAUAUGAGAUAUUUCCAUCUGCUUAAGUGCUUAUGAAUGUGCUCCAGAUUAUAACCAAUGUGUAUCAGAUAACCAGUGGGUGUCUAUACAUUCUUCAAAGAUCAGAGAAUGUAUAGUUGGAUAGCACCCAGGAUUCACCAAUCUUCUGUAUGAGUGGCUUACCUACAUCAGCUUAAUAGAAGGCUAUGGGUAAAUUCCAUGCUGUCUGCCUUCACAAUGUUGUAGGGUAGAUUGUAAAUGGGAGGGAUUGUGCAAGUCUAAUAAGUGAAGUUUGGGACAAUGAGAAAGUUUGAGUGAAGUUGGAGAAACGAGUGUCUACUUGAAAUUUCGUACACAAGACAAAGUGGAGAAAUGUCGCAGAUAAUUAAAAAACUGAAAAUAUUGUUCUCAUCAAAACCAGGAGAAACUUUGAAUUCCAUUAACUUUGUAAACCAGGAGGAACCAAGGUAGCCUCUGAUCUUCAGAGGGGAUAUCUGGGAGAUGUUGAUAUUUAUAAAGUUUUGAUUCUUCUGUUUAAGCCUUGAAAGUGGUAAUCGUGAAGGUUGUUGUCCGGGUCUGAGUGCGUAUCCCCGCACCUCCCCCCGUUCAUAGUCUCAUAGAGUUUAAUGAGUUAAUUCAUAUCUUUAGUACAGAACUGGUUAU